CCAAACCCCGUGCGCGCUCCUGCUGCCUCUUGCGCGCACUGUGCCAUAAGCGGUGAAAGAACAGGGCGAAAUCCAGAGAAAGCUCGUCCUCCCAGAGAAUCCCGGAGACAGCGGCCAGAGGAAGCACUGAGAGCCGCCCGCCGUGCAUCGACCGCGGGGGAGUCCCUCCGUCACAGCCCGGUGUCUGCGCACCCGGAGCCCGCUGAGCUCUGCGCCUUUGGACGUGUUUGUGGAGAGAAGUUUGAGGCAGAGGAGCAGCGCCACGCCGCAGAACACUCAAGUUUCCGCUGCUGCUCCGUCCGCAGGAAUGUCGCAGCCGGAGAGAGCCGUGUUUCACCGACAGGAGCUGAACAAGACCGUGUGGGACGUGCCGCAGCGCUACCAGAACCUGUCCCCCGUGGGCUCCGGGGCGUACGGCUCUGUGUGCUCGGCGUACGAUGUGAAAACAGGGCUGAAGGUGGCAGUGAAGAAACUCUCCAGACCCUUCCAGUCAAUCAUACACGCCAAGAGAACAUACAGAGAACUACGGCUCCUCAAACACAUGAAACACGAAAAUGUAAUCGGUCUAUUAGAUGUUUUUACGCCCUCCACGUCUUUGGAGGAGUUCAACGACGUGUAUUUGGUGACUCACCUGAUGGGAGCAGAUCUAAACAACAUCGUAAAGUGCCAGAAGUUAACAGACGACCACGUCCAGUUCCUUAUAUAUCAGAUCCUCAGAGGCUUAAAGUACAUCCAUUCUGCUGACAUCAUCCACAGAGACUUGAAGCCGAGUAAUUUAGCUGUCAACGAGGACUGUGAGCUGAAGAUUCUGGACUUCGGGUUGGCGCGUCACACGGACGAUGAAAUGACGGGAUACGUAGCAACUCGCUGGUACCGCGCUCCAGAGAUUAUGUUGAACUGGAUGCACUACAACAUGACAGUGGAUAUCUGGUCUGUAGGCUGCAUCAUGGCUGAACUCCUCACAGGACGGACACUAUUCCCCGGCACCGACCAUAUAAACCAGCUGCAGCAGAUCAUGCGACUGACUGGAACACCUCCAGCCUCGCUCAUAAGCAGGAUGCCCAGCCACGAGGCGAGGAACUACAUAAACUCUCUUCCCUACAUGCCCAAGAGGAACUUCGCUGACGUCUUCAUUGGCGCAAACCCGCUCGCCGUAGAUCUUCUGGAGAAGAUGUUGGUUCUGGACACAGAUAAAAGGAUCACAGCGUCGGAGGCUCUGGCUCAUCCGUAUUUCUCCCAGUACCACGACCCCGACGACGAGCCAGAGGCUGAGCCGUACGACCAGAGCUUUGAGAGCCGCGAACUCGAGAUAGAAGAAUGGAAGAGACUAACGUACGAGGAGGUAGUCAGCUUCGAGCCACCACAGUUCGAUGGAGACGAGAUGGAAUCCUGACUUUCCUCCUCCUCUUCCUCUCUCUCUCCUCUUCUUCACCUACUCUCGUCUUUGUUCAAACAUAAAAACAGCACUAUUUGGGACGCUUUCCCACUCCAUCUCAUUUCAGUGCCUGUCACCUUCGUGUUUAGGGAAUCAGGGAAUCAGAUCAAUUCAACGUUAAAGCAAUCUUCUGGCUCUUUCUGUCAUCGCUCCGUUAAUUUUAAAGGUCCUAUUUUAUGUUUAAAACCAUCUUAAAAACGGAACUAGUUCAUUUUAAACUGUUUGCAGUUGUCCAAAGUCACUCCUCACUGACUUUAUGCUUUCAGAACAUCCCAAUUACUCACCAUGAUGAGUUUAUAAGCACUUUUUACAACUCUCAGAGACCAGAGCGGAGUUUUGCCGUAAUGGUAAAGCUAACAACAACUGGCAUGGUAACACACACUUUCUGAUUCUUGGACAGUAAAAUGCAGACAGUACACCGCAGACUAAUUGUGCACAGGCCCCUUUAAAUGACUAGAGCAUCAAAGCUGCUCUGUGUAACUUUUCUGGCAGAAGGUACAGCAUCAGUUGUUUCCAAGGCGCCAUUGCAUUGGCUGAAAAAAAUCCACAGUAUGACAUUAAACUUGUUUGUCUUGCAUUUAUUUCAGUUUUUAUAUUGUGCAAAAAUACAUUGAAAAAACAUGCAGUGUCAUUCGGUUUGAGUAAUCCUGCGUGUUUAGUCCCACCUCGUGACAUCAUUAGGUGGUACUAAGGAGAGUGUUUGCUCUCUCUGCUGGCUGUUGGAGUUUUGUACACACGGAGUUGAAUUACUUGUAUUUUUGUCUUGCAUUACUUUCUAAACAUGCCAAGGUAUUAAACUAGUUCAGAAAGCCUUUAUAAAGCUUAAAAUAGGACCUUUAAAUUGGUAUAUUUAAUGUGUUUUACCUCAUAAUCGUCUUUUAACUUUACAUUUCAGUAUCAGGUCAAAACGAGGUCCAUUGAAAAACGAUAUUGUGGCAAAGUUGAAUUAUAUUCCUUUUUAUUUUAAUUAAAAACCCCAAGAAUCAUAAGCUUUCUAUGCCAGUUCUAAACCCAGAUAAAUGAUUAGUGUUGCUUCAGGGAGGACAUCUGGCUUUAAAAAGUUAUUUUGCAAUAUUUAUCCAACCACACAGCAAAAUCUGCAAAUUAACUAGACACAUUUGGCCUGUGCCCAUCUCAGUCUAACACUACAGGGGUACAGGAGGAUGAGAGGGCAUCUGACACACAAUAAUUUAACUUUUCCACAAUAUUGUACCUUUAUUGAGAUGCUCCCAAACAAUGUAAAUAACAGGGAUCAGUAUUUUGUACCAUAAAGACACAAGAUAUUGUAUUUUAACACUGGCCACUUUAUUAUGUAAACACUAGUCCUGGUUUAGUCCUGGUUUAGUCCUGGUUUAGUCCUGGUUUAGUCCUGGUUUAGUCCUGCUUUAGUCCUGCUUUAGUCCUGCUUUAGUCCUGCUUUAGUCCUGCUUUAGUCCUGCUUUAGUCCUGCUUUAGUCCUGCUUUAGUCCUUGGUCUAGGAAGGAAUUUUGUUCCAGGUUUAGUCCCUGUUUAGUUUCUAUUUUAUGUGUACUAACUCACUAACAUUGACUGGACCAGGACUAAACCAGGAUCACAUUUGAACUAGACCAGGACUGAACUAGGACCGAACCAGGGCGAGACUUGGACUAGACCAGAACUGACACAGACUCAAAACUAGUCCUAGACCAGCACUUUUCCGCCUCUCUUCAUUUAAACUCAGGCUCCAGUUCAUGGUUGGUUAGACUCAUGUGAGCAGCUGUACCUAAUAAUCUGUCCAGCGAGUGCAUUUCCACGGCGACCGCACACAUACACAUGUAUGUCGUGAAUUAUAUUUUUCUACUAUAAUUUCACCUUUAACUAAAAAACGAAGUUGUAUUGUAGUCCGAUUUAAUAUGGCGUCUAUUUUUAAUUUGCAUACAUGUGGCCCAUGAAGGUAAUUCAGGCUAAUGCUAAUAAAAUGCAGCAUGGAGAAGCAAAGGAGAAGCAAAGAAAUGUUUAUCAGUGAUUCUCAAACCUGUUUUCUUAUUUCUACAAGUAUAAAAUGGACUGAACCAGGACAUUGUCUAAACCUGAUCUUGGCCCCUUUGAGCACCUCUGAUAUAAGCACGUUACAUUUAUGAAAUACUUCCCAGUCUAAUCUUGGGCCUGUUUGUGUUUCCAUUUGCUCUUUCACAGACACAUGUUUGUACUUUGUGCUGCCUUUAGCUUCUGUCACUCCAGAAUGUUGUGGCAGGUUUUAAAGAGGGGGUCACAUUUGAGCCUUCUCUCAUGUUCUAAUGCUGGUCCCUAAUCAAAAACAUGUCUGAAGAGCUUUCAGAUGUCAUCCAUGCAUGCUUGAGUAAUCUAGUGAUCUCUCCCAGGCCCUAUUCAAACCCUCCUUAUGGUUAGCAGUAUGAGGCUCCGCCCACAAGCCUACGUCAUCCGUGCUCCCACACGAUAAUUCUCCAUAAAUAUACAAAAACAUGAUACAAAACUACACAGCAACUUGACAAACCUGAUGUGAUGUGCAGUAGCUUUAUUAGUGGGAUGCAGCUGAUUGUGCUGUGAUAGUGCUCUGAAGGGGGAGUGACUUAGCACUGAGGGCAAAGCGAGUCAAUGCAUUGUUUUGGGUGAAUAUAGCAUACCCCCUCUUUAAUACCCUACAGAGGUAAAAUACCCCCUCUUUAAUACCCCACAGAGGUAAAAUACCCCCUCUUUAAUACCCCACAGAGGUAAAAUACCCCCUCUUUAAAUACUUUCUGACGUUCCUGAAUCUUCUUAAUGUGUUGAAUGUUUUGGGGGCUCCAGUCGUGUGUCUUGUUUUGUAUUUAAGAACUUUUAUUAUUUUAUUUGUAUAUCAAUGUAAAAGAUAUUUGUAAGUUUUUUUUUUAAUUAUUAUUAUUAUUUAUAAACGCUCACCUGGAUUCUGAGUUUUCCAGUCGUAUUUUUGACCCACGAGACUAGAAUGAAUCUAUUUAUAAUCAGUAUUUGAAAUUGUUAUUUUUCCAUUUAUUUAACAGAUUUUAGCGAUUCUCAACUGGUGUUACACAAUUUUCAUUUUUUAUUUUUGUAUGACCCUUUUAAAAUGUAUUUUAUUAUCUUAAAAACACCAGAGUGUUAAGUAGCAUUCAAGGUUUCAAUGUUUGUCCAUAAUUGUUUUUACAUUUGAACACCACGUUUGAGCAGUAAUACACAAUCCCCAGUAAAGUGCAUUAUGUAACUUUUCUACUCGCCUAUUUCCAUGGAGAUGGCAUGGCAUUGCCUGGCGUGUUCCGCAGUAUGGAAUUAAACAUCUUUAUUUCAUUACAGGUGUUUUUCUAGUUCCAAACAUAUGUUGCAUGCCUUCGAACUGUGAGCGGGCUUGCCUCUCCACAGAUCUGAUCUGUAAUUUGGCCUUGUUUGUUUCCAUGGAGAUAAGUUGACUACCAUACUGUGGGACAUUCCAGGUAUAGCAAUAGCAUGUCUAUGGACUCAGAAAAGUUGCGUUGUGGAUCUUUAAACUGCAAAAAAGAAACAACAUAACAGCAAAAACUAUGAAUGCAUUUUAGAUUUUUGUUUAAUAAUAUUGUCACAAAAUCUUUUCUAAAGCCGUAAACUUAUCUUGACACGUCUGAGACAAUAGGAGCCAGUCCGGUUACACCACGGUGAAAUCUGAUUAGCUAGUUGAGAAUCCUAAUCUUGUUUAUACUAUGGUACUUUUCCAAAAAUUGUAAAAAAAAAUAAAAUAAAAAUAAUAGUGAACUCUUCAUCAAACA